UGUUUUUUUACGUCUUUAGUGUUUUUAUUCUUUCUGAACCUUAUAUCAUCCUAUUCACAAAGUUGUUUUGUCAAGGAUUAAACUAUUAAGAUUUUAUUUAAUAUAGGCUACGUCGGACUUAAUCUAUUUUGUUUAAUACAAAUAAAAUAUGCCGAAAGCAUUAAGUUUGAAAAAGCCUCUACAAUCUGGUUCACAAAAGCAUCAGAAUCCUAUUACACAUUUUUUUAAAAAAGAUGGUCAAUCAAAUCAAUGUAGUGAACAAAUAAAUAAAAAGAUAUCUUCAACAGAGGAAGGCAAUACGUCGUCCAACAAACGCAAAGCUUGUAAUGUAAACAAACAUAAAAAUGAAGGACAUGGAGAAAGUCCAAAAAAAAUAAAAAUUACUCAUUCAUUGAAGUCACCACAGAAAGAAAAUGAAAAGGGUAACUUAAAAUCAGUGACUCCAACAAAGCAAGGAGUUGAACAAGAAAUAAUAAAUAAAAGGUCUCCUUUGAGUUUACUCUUGGGAAUCGAACACUCAAAUGAGUUAAAAAUAAAGUCUAAUCCAAUAAUCAAGAAUAAUCAUGAGGAAGGUAGUAGUUCUAUGAUAGAAAAAAAACACUUACGCAGUCAAAUUACUAAUUAUGAAAAUAAUGAGUUAUUCAAUCUUAGGACUCCAAAGAUAUCACCAGUUAAGGAAAGUUUACAUUCACCAAAAAAAGUAUUAAAGUUUACAACUUUGAACAAAUUAACUGCAGAAGAACUGUCUCCAUCUAAAAGAGGAGCCACUGUUGAUAUAAGAAAUCAUGAAGAUAGUAAUGGUAUUGGUGAUAUGUUUGGUGAUGAAUGGGAGUUAAAUGAGAUGGAUCAAGUUGAAGAUUUAGAUCUUGGCAUUAUGCAAAGAUGUGAAGUACUGAAUGUGAUUCAGCAUGCUUCAAGAAAAGAAAUUAAGUUAAAGAAUGGUGAUGAUAAUAGAGGCACCUGCUUGAUUGAGGGUUUUUGGAUUGAUACUCCUCUGUCUCCUGGUGACAUAGUUGGAGUGAUUGCAUCUCGAGAUUCCUCUGGACACUUCUGUAUUAGUAACUCAUCAGGGCUGUUAGUUCUUCAUCCCGAUUACUUGAUAUCCUCUACUAGUGUUGUGGCUGGAGUGUUUUGUAAAAGAAAAGCUGUAUUACAGGAUCGUUGGAGAGGCAUUGAUUCUGCGAAUUCUGCUAUGACUAUUGGUAUUUUAAUACAUGAACUAGUACAAAAAGUACUAACUGAAAACAUCACUGAUACACAACAAAUACAAAAAGAAGCAGAGAGAAUUAUCAAAGAAUCUAUUCAGCUGCUGUACGAAUCUGGCUUGACUGAGGAAGAAGUCCAUAAAAAUAUGCAGGUUUAUGUACUACCACUUGGUGAUUUCAUGAACACAUACUUUGCUAAAAAAGUAGGAACUACAGCUCAGAAGCGAGGCCCAGGAGCCCCAAAAGACAAAUGGAAUGGUGAAAUAAAUAAAGUGUUGGACAUAGAAGAGAACUUAUACACACCAGAACUUGGCCUGAAAGGAAAAAUUGAUGCUACAUUGGAAGUAACAAUCCAUGCUGCUAAAGGUGACAAUCAACACAUAGUCCCGUUAGAGUUGAAAAGUGGCAAAGCUUCGAUGUCUGCGGAGCAUCGCGGACAGUUGGUCCUAUAUGGUAUGAUGCUUGCAGCUCUACGUAAGGAAGACCCAACGCGAUCUGAACAACGGGGCCUGCUUUUAUAUUUGAAGGAUCGCGUUGAGCUGAAGGAAAUAUCAUGUGGGUAUCCAGAGAGACGAGAUUUGAUAAUGCUGCGAAAUCAACUUGUUCAAAAUUUGGCUCCUAAUUGGAAAGAUACUGAACAAUUAGUGGACAUUGAAGAGGCUUCAUCUCUUCUGCAACAGAAGCUACCAGAGCCAAUACACAGAGAAAAUAUCUGUUCCAAGUGCCCUUAUCUCACUAUAUGCUCGUUGCAUUUAUGGCACACAGAAGGCCCUACAGUUCCAGAAACCCAUCCCUUAUCAAGUUUGCGAGAGUCGGCCUUAGGUCAUUUGACCCCUGAACAUAUCAAUUACUUCUUACGUUGGACGACGCUACUCAAACUCGAAGAGAAGGGACAGUCUGCCAAUUUACCUUUACACUCUUUGUGGACAGAUAGUGUUCAAAAAAGAGAAAAAAGAGGCACAUGUGCGGGAAAUCUUCAGUUGAAAUCUGUCGAAGGGACUGGCGUUAAAUUUAUGCACAUUUUUAGUAAAACGACACAGAAUGGAGGAUUUCCUGGCGAAGUUGAAAACAGAUUCUGUGGUCCUCAAGAAGGUAACUUUUGUUUGGUGAGUGUGGACGGAAGGCCGUGGGUUGCUGCGGGCGUUAUCCAAUGUUCUAACGACAAUGAAAUACAUAUGGUGCUGGAAAGGGAUCUAAGCCGCCGAUUUCACAAAACUACAGCAUUUCAUAUUGAUUCCUAUGAGUCUUAUGCGAGCACUGUACAAAAUUUAACUAACUUGGGAGUUUUGCUGGACGACACCGAUAGAUCAUGUGAACUUCGAAGGUUGAUUAUUGAUAAAGAGACACCGAAAUUCGAGAAGAAAUUGCCCCGCGAAGUGGGUCGUAUAGGGACCAAGUUGAUGCGUUCCCUGAACAUACAACAGCAGAGGGCGGUAUUGCGCGCGUUAGCUGCCAAACAUUACGCGCUGUUGAAGGGACUUCCAGGCACCGGUAAAACGCAGACCAUCAGCGUGUUAAUACAAAUGCUGGUUGGGUUGAAACAACGCGUACUGGUCACUGCUCACACUCAUUCCGCCGUGGAUACUGUGCUCACUAGAUUGCCUGAUUCUAUACGUAUAAUGCGUCUGGGUGCGCAGUCGAGAGUAGCAGCAUGUUUAGUUAACCGAUGUGAGCAAAAGCUAGCGGCCGAUUGUAAUACGACAAAGGAAUUGGAACAACUCUAUGACUCUAUGGAAGUCGUAGGAGUGACCUGUCUUGGUGCUAAUCAUGGCAUGCUAGGCAGAACUACAUUCGACGUGUGCAUAGUCGAUGAAUCCACCCAGGUUUUGCAAUGCACUGUUCUUCGACCUUUGUUUGCGGCCAAACGGUUUGUGCUAGUAGGUGAUCCCGAACAACUGCCGCCCGUGGUCAGGAGUAGAGCAGCUAGGCGUCUAGGCAUGGAGGAGAGUUUGUUCCACCGUUUGAUGAUAGACGAAGCGACCUCCACUCUACAACUGCAGUACAGAAUGAACCGCCCUCUCACCAAUGUGGCCAACAAAGUGGCGUAUAAUGGACAACUGCAGUGUGCCGGCGAUAAAGUCGCCGAUUCCAGACUCGAUAUAAAUUUGAACAAAAUACCCAAACUCAAUGAAACUAUGCAAUGGCUGUCAACAGCGUGUAGUCCGGACUUUGAACAAGCGGCCGUUUUCUUGGAUCUCGCGGCGGAAAUGACAAGUGAUGACGUCACAAAUACCUGCACUAACAUUACGGAGGCUUGUUUGGUUCACGCACUAGUUAACGCGCUAGUACAGGGUGGUGUGAAACAUACGGAUAUAGGCGUAGUGGCUCCAUACCGGGACCAAGUGGCUUUGUUGAAGCGAUCUCUUACAGGCAGCGGUGGCGUGGAAGCCAGCACUGUGGACCAAUUCCAAGGCAGGGAUAAGGAGGUCAUCAUUUAUUCGUGCACUAGGAAAUGUGCACAGGACGAUAGGAAAAUCAAGGAUGGUGAAGUGCUGAACGAUCACAGGCGUUUAGCAGUGAGCGUCACUCGCGCGAAACACAAAUUGAUUGUCGUCGGAAACUCACGCGUUCUCACCCGCUAUGCGACUAUACAGCGUUUAAUAGAGGCAUGUGUUACUGUUAAGCUGAAUACCAGUGAUAUUACUGAGUUAAUCGCAAAAUAUAAAACGAUAGUUAUGUAAUAAAAAACAUUUUUAUAAUAACUGUUGAGAAGACUGAGCUUUUUUCGAAAUAAUUAUGACAGAAUAAAAAAUUUGAAUCUUGUUCGCUUUGAUUAUUGGAUGUAAUUCAGUCAGUCUUGUUUGGUGGUGAGAUUGGAGCAAGAGCGAAUGAAUGAAGUUUGAGUUGAUGGUUUAUAGUGAAUUUAACAAAUUCGUAGAUGAAUUGCGCAAAUCAGUAUUGAAUAUUUUUUGUGGAUUAUUUAUUAAGUUUACCAUUAGUUCUGUUCUUAGUAUACGCAAAAAUUUUUAUUCAAAGUACAAUCAUGUAAUAAAGGAAUUUCACAAUAUGUAAGUAAUGUGAUUUUAUUAUUAAAAUGAUUGUAUAUUAUUCUAUUUAUUAUAUACAUAGUACGUAGAUAGAAUCUCAUUUAAUAAUAUUUGUUAUCCAGUGUUAAAUCACUUUGUUUUUAUUGUAACUAUACUAUUAAAAUACAUGUGAAAGAUUGUUAC